AUGCUCCACUGCACCGUCGACGAGCGCGGUGGCGUCGAGCGCUCGGUUGAGGACCGACGCCGCUACCGCGUCAUACGCCUCGCUGGUGGUGUCCGUGCCCUCGCUGUCUGCGACCCGCAGGCCGAGCAUCGUGCGACAGCAGCCAUGUGCGUCGACGGCGCGGGCGCGCGGACAGCGCCGGUCGAGCUGGUCGGCCUCGCCCACUACCUCGAGCACAUGCUCUUCCAGGGCUCGCAGAAGUAUCCAGGCGUCUCCUUCUACAAGAAGCAGAUUGGCCUUCGGGCCGGUCGGUGCAACGCGUCCACCGCGGCGGAGACCACAAACUACUUCUUCGAGGUUGACGCGGGUGGAUUCGAGGAAGUGCUUGACGUCUUUGCGCAGUUUUUCGUCGGCGCGCCGCUCCUGGACAAAUCCGCGGCGGAGCGUGAAAUCGAGGCGGUCACCAACGAGGACUCUCGCAACCGCGUCAACGACGACCGGCGGCUGCGCAUGGCGCUGCAGCACUCGGUGAGCGGUCGCACCACCGGCUCGCAGAGCUGGUCCAAGUUCGGAACGGGCAACAAGUCGACUCUCGGCGCGGAGGCGGCCGCUGCGGCGGGCGUCGAGGUGCGGCCUGCGCUCCUCGCCUACCGCGAGCGCUUCUACCGGACGGACGCGAUGACGCUGGUACUCAUCUCGAGCAAGCCACUCGACGCUACGGAGCAGCUCGCGACCCGCAUCUUCGGCGCCCCAACCACCGACAGCACGGGCGGGGGCGCAACGGCAACGCCCGCCGACGUCGACCCUGCCGCCUUCGCGGCGGCGGCGCGGCUCGUGCAGUCCGCUGCCGAGAUGGCAGAGGCAGAGGGGCCGCCGCACCCGUGGGCGGGCUGCGGGGCGGGCGAGCUCGUGGCGAGCCAGCUCCCCUUCGAGCUGCGGGUCGUGCCAAUCAAGGAGAGGAGGACCUGCCGGCUCGCCUCCGCGCUGCCGUCGCUCGCUCCUUCCGACGCCCUCCCAUGGAGCUUCCGUGGGCCGUCGCGUAGGCUCGCCUUCCCGCUGCCGUCGCGGCUGAGCCAGCACCGCGAUUCGCGCGCGCCCGUGCUCGACUACGUCACGCACUUGCUCGCGCACGAGGGGGAGGGGUCGCUGUACGCGUGCCUGCAGGCUGAGGGACUUGCGACCGCCGUCAGCGCGGGCGCGGAGGGGCUGCGCGACUUUGCCAUUGCACAGGUUCGGAUCGACCUGACGCCGCUCGGCGAGGAGCGGGUCGAGGUUGUGCUGUGCCGCGUCUUCGAGUACCUGGCGAUGCUCGCGGAGGAGGGGGCGGGCGCGGCGGCGCGCGAGGCAUGGGCGGAGCUCGCGAUGGAGAGAGCGCUCCGGUGGCGGUUUGCGGAGCGGGGCGACGCGGCUGCCGAGGCGAGGUCGUGGGCGGCCCGAAUGCACGUCUACAGCCCGCAGCUCGCCCUUUCGGGCGGCCGCCUGCUUGGCGGCUUUCCAGCGGAGGGCGUCGUCGCUUGCCUCGAGGCGAUGCGCCCGGGCGGCGUCCUCAUCUCCCGCGAGUCGAAGGCUUUCCAGGCCGUAUCCCCGCCCGAGGAGGACGACGAGGCGGAUUCGGUCUGCGUUGUGCCGCUUCCGCCGUCGCUGCCGCCGGGCUCGCAGCGCCUCACGGAGCCGUACUACGGCGUGCAGUAUGAGCGCCGGCCCAUCGCAUCGCCGUUGCGCGAGAAGCUGCAGGCGGCGCGGCGCGGCGAGCGAAUGCCCGCCGCCGGCGGCGCGCCAGCCCCGCUGCUGCAUUUGCCCGCUCCGAACCCGUUCUUUGCGACAGAGCUGGAGAUGAAGGAGGAGGGCGAGCCGCAGCCCGCGCUUCAGGCAGGCGAGGCGAGCGACGCGGUGCACUGGCACGCGACGGAGGUGGCCUUUGGCAGGCCGAAGGCGCACGUCGUCCUCCACCUCGCCUGCCCGGCGGAGGCGGUGAGCGACGUGACGCACAUGAACUUGUGGAUGGCGGUGCUGGACGAGCACCUGGCCACGGCGCUCUACCCGGCGGCGCUGGCGGGCCUCAGCUGGUCUGUGUCGCGGCACACGAGCGGCGUCGUCCUCCGCGUCUCCGGCUUCUCGCACAAGCUGCCACGGCUCCUACUUACCCUCGCCGACCAGCUGCUGCGCUGGGACGGCGCAGCCUACGCUCCGCGAUUCGAGCCGCGCCGUGAGAAGCACGUGCGCGAGCUGCAGGGCCACUUCAAGCAGACGUCCGACCGGCUUGCGCUCUACUACCUCCACCUCCUCCUCGAGCCCACGAGGCUGCCCAAGGAGGCACAGCUCGAGGCGGCGAGGGCAGCCACUCUCGACUCGCUAGCAGCCUUCCACGCGCGUUUUGUGCGGCGCCUCAAGCUCCUCGUCUUCACGUACGGCAACCUCGCAGCCGCCGACGCCGCCGCCAUCGCCGCCGAGCUCGAGAGCCGCGUCUCAGCGGCGAGAGAGGCGACCCUCCCGCGCUCCGAUUGGGCCGACUCGCCCGUCACACAAGUACGCGCGGGCGCCUGGCGGCUCACGAUGAGACCGCUGUCCGCUGAGGAGAAGAACUCUGGCUGCCUGCUCUACUACCAGCUUGGCCAGCUCGACGUUCGACCGGAGCGCGCGCAGCUGCUCGUGCUGCUCCGCUUGCUGCAGCAGCCGCUCUUCGCCGAGUUGCGCACCAAGCAGCAGCUGGGGUACGUGGUGCGCUCGGACGAGAUGCGCCACGGGAGCGGCCGCUCGUGCGUUUCGGGCGUGUACGUCCUCAUCCUCUCGAAGGAUUUCGCGCCGCCGCAGCUGCAGCGCUCGAUCGAUGAUUACUUGCGCACGGUGCCGGAGGCCGUGAUCGGCGCUCUCACGGCCGACGAGUUCCAGACGGCUCGCGGCGCCCUCGUGACACGCUUUCGUGAGCCUGACCGCACUCUCGCCGAGGCAUUCUCACGGAGGUGGACAGCCAUCGAGGAGGAGACCUACGACUGGGCGCGGCGCGCCAAGCUGGCCGACGCCCUUGAGGCAGUGACCCUCGAGCAAGUGCGCGCGCUCGCGGCGCGCCUGACGAGCGCGCCUCGCCUUGCCGUCCAUGUCUUUGGCAACAACCACCUUGCGGCAUUCGGAGAGAACGACGGCUCGGGCAGCGUCGCCAUCGACUCGUGGGAGGCGUGGCGGGCUGCACAGGACGUGUGGGGCGACGUGGAAUUGCAGUGA